UUCUCCCGGGCGGGGCGGGGCAGGGCCCGGCGUCCAGCGACCGCUGGCUGAAGAGCCAGUGACUUCCUUGUUGUGCGUCUCGGCCUGGCCGUGUCCCGGCUCGUAGCCCCUCGGUGCUCACCCGGACGGCUUGCCCGAGUCUAGGUCCCAGCCACAACCAUGCCUAACCCCAGCAGCACGUCCUGUCCCGGCCCCCUCCCUGAGGAAAUCAGGAACCUGUUGGCAGAUGUUGAAACAUUUGUAGCAGACACACUGAAAGGGGAAAAUUUAUCCAAGAAAGCAAAGGAAAAGAGAGAAUCUCUCAUUAAGAAGAUAAAAGAUGUAAAAUCUAUCUACUUUCAGGAAUUUCAAGACAAAGGUGAUGCUGAUGACGGGGAUGAAUAUGAUGAUCCUUUUGCUGGGCCUCCAGACACUGUUUCCUUAGCCUCAGAACGUUAUGAUAAAGAUGAUGAUGGCCCCUCUGAUGGAAACCAGUUUCCUCCCAUUGCAGCCCAGGACCUUCCUUUUGUCCUAAAAGCUGGCUACCUGGAAAAACGCAGAAAAGAUCACAGCUUCCUGGGGUUUGAAUGGCAGAAACGGUGGUGUGCUCUCAGCAAAACAGUGUUUUAUUAUUACGGGAGUGAUAAAGACAAACAACAGAAAGGCGAAUUUGCAAUAGAGGGCUAUGAUGUCAGAAUGAAUAACACCCUCAGAAAGGAUGGAAAGAAAGAUUGCUGUUUUGAAAUCUGUGCUCCUGAUAAACGUAUCUAUCAGUUUACAGCAGCUUCUCCCAAAGAUGCUGAGGAAUGGGUGCAGCAGCUGAAAUUUAUAUUACAAGACAUGGGAUCUGAUGUGAUUCCAGAGGAUGAUGAUGAAAGAGGAGAAUUAUAUGAUGACGUCGAUCAUCCUCUUCCCGUCAGCAGCCCAUCAAGGAACCAGCCAAUCGAUGAUGAAAUUUAUGAGGAGCUUCCAGAGGAGGAAGAGGACACUGCUUCGGUGAAGAUGGACGAGCAAGGGAAGGGGAGUCAGGACAGUGUACACCACACCUCCGGAGAUAGAAGCACUGAUUAUGCUAAUUUUUACCAGGGUCUGUGGGACUGUACUGGAGCCCUUUCUGACGAGUUGUCCUUUAAGCGUGGUGAUGUGAUUUACAUCCUUAGCAAGGAAUACAAUAGAUAUGGCUGGUGGGUAGGAGAAAUGAAGGGAGCCAUUGGCUUGGUGCCUAAAGCCUACGUAAUGGAGAUGUAUGAUAUUUGAGAGUCUGGGGAAGUCUGCUGUCUGUCUGCAAGUGCUCUGGAUUUGGAAACCCCUGAGUGCCUGAGUGAUGGCUCAGAGCUGCCUUUGUUUGGUUGAAUAUUCCUGUCUCAGCUGCUGUUCUGUAUAGUCACUCAUUAAAAUACCCCGGAUGUCGGAUUAAGCCAGCAGUUAUUCAUUACAUUAGACUCAAGCAGUAGAGAUAAGACCUGUUGCUGUUUUGCAAAUGAUUUGCCCAUUAGGUUUGUGUGAGAAAAUACAUUGUGAUUGUAUGUCACUCUUAAUCACCGAUGCUGCCCAUGAGGGUUUCUAUUUCUUAGUCAUUGGGCAUCAUUUGUUUUGAGAAUGUUGCAUAUAAUUUCAUAGACUUUGUAAGCUUUGAGUCAAUACUAAAGACUUCUUUAAAGCUGUGUAGGUGACUUAACUUCGUUUUUAUUCCCCCCCAUAGGAUAUAAUAGCAUGUGUUCAUUUUUUAUAAAAAGUUGUGCAAAUUGACAUGUUUACCUGCUGUUAAGUAAGAAGGGGAGAGGUUGGUGAUAGCAUUACAGGGAAAGGGAAUAGAGCAGUGUCAGUACCCUGUCACUUGGUACACAAGUGUAAACCAGAGAGCUAGGUUUGGGCAGAGUACUUCAAUGUCUUAAUUUGAUGAUGGGCUUGCCAAUGUUUUCUACUAUAAUUUUAUUUAAAUUGAACAAAACCCAAGAUUCAUAAGAAAGCCCAUUUCACCACUAAUACAAUGGUAUGGCCAGCUUCAGUGUGUUUUCACUCUUACACUCUUAGCUUACCACCUCAUCAUUGCUACGCUAGCUUGCACACCCUGCUGUUAGACAGCAGUCCCAGGCCAGCCUCCUGUGUGCCUCUCCCGACCAAACAGAAAAGAAAGACCAAGAAUGGCAACAGUUACCAAUCGGUCCCCUCUCAUAGACAGUUGAAAUCACAGUAUUUUUAACUGUCUAUGGAGAUGCCAGUAUAGCCUUACCCUGUAUCAAAUGCACUAGUGAUUGGAUAUUUCGCAGUAGAUAUAAUCUACUGAAUCGUUUUCUACUCAACUUUUCAGGUAGGAAUGCAAAUGAGCUGAUAUUAUUUUUAAAGCUCCACUAUUUAUGUACAAUUAUAAUUACAAGGGUUUUUUAUCUUACUGUUGCUAUUCUAUAAAUGUGAUCACUCAGUUUCAAAAGUAAAAGAAAAAAAGCUCAACAUAGUCCAAGUUUUCAGAAAUCACAUUUGUACAAUUACCCUUUUCCUAUUAGAGCAUCAUGUAAAUAGGUUAAAAUAGUCUUGGCAGAAGCUAGACAGGUGGAACUCAGUGGAAUGACUUUCAGAGCCAGUGUGGUUGAAAAGCAAACGCCUAGCCUGCCUGUGGUUACAGGUUUUGUGCCUUGAACGUAAGUGGCCAGCAGAUGGCAGCAGCUUGUUGUUCGCACGGGGAACCACUUGGAGCCCCUCCCCCACUCGAGCAGCCUGAGAAACCGGUAGAGUGCUGCCUCUUUUCCCGUUAAUCCAGGAGAGGGAGUCCUUUGCCAACUGAUGGCCAGCAUCCCCAGUAUAGAAGCAUGGCACUGCUCUGUCCAGACCGCCUCUGGCCUUUGUUCUUUCUUUAUCUUGAAUAUACAUGGGAGCUAGAAGGUUGGAACUGAAGGCCUCCAAAAUUGGGAGAGACUAGAAAAAUUACUGCUCCUUGCAAUUGGUGGGUGCUUUCUGUUCACUUGAACUCAUCUUUGUGCUGUGAGGAAGUUUCUCUCCACCCUUGACAGUACAUCACAUUCUCUUCAAGAUCGUGAUAACAUCAUUAAUGUGAAUUUAAACAACGCAGCUUGUUAGAAAAUAUGCUAAUUGUUAUGUUCUCAUUAUGUUUGCUUAGCUUUUAUUUGUUUUUCUAUGAACAGUUAGAGAGCUAAUUUUUUGAAAGGUGAUUGUAAGUCAUAUUUUAUAUAGCAUUUUGCUUGAUCGUUUGCUCUGUACUGAAUUCGUACUCUGUUGCCAUUAGAUCUUACAAUAAUGUUCCACUCUGCAAAUUUUUAAGGUUCAAAUAAAGUUUAAUUGUUUGCAAACUGU